AUGAACUUGACAAUCCCCCUUCUUACCAUGUCCCUCGCAACAAACCUAACAACAACUCUCUUCGACGCCCUAAUCAUCGGCGCCGGCCCAGGCGGCCUCUCCGUCGCAACAGGCCUCGCCCGCCAACUCCACACAGCCGUCGUCUUCGAUUCAGGCGUCUACCGCAAUGCGCGCGCAACGCACAUGCACAAUGUCCUCGGGUGGGACCACGUCAAUCCCGCGGAGCUGCGCGCGAAGGGGAAGGCUGAUUUGCUGGCGCGGUAUGCGACAGUGCAGUUCCAGAAUGAGACGGUUGAGAGCGUGCGGAGGAUGAGGACUGAAAGCAGUCUCUUUGAGGCUGUUGAUGGCAAGGGGAAUAAGUGGUAUGGGCGCAAGGUUGUUCUUGCAACUGGGGUGAAAGAUGUCAUGUUGGAUAUUGAGGGGUUUGAGGAGUGUUGGGGGAGGAAUAUCUUCCACUGCCUCUUCUGUGACGGCUACGAAGAGCGCGGCCAGAAAAGCGUCGGAUUCCUCGCCAUGGGACCCAUUGUCAAGAUGGGUCGUGGUGCGCAUCUCGCGCGCAUGGCGCUUCGUCUUUCGGAGAGCGUCACUGCGUAUACGAACGGCAACGAGGCAGUCGCUACUGAACUGAAAGACCAGCUCGCAGGACUGAACGUCGCCAUCGAUAACCGGUCCAUAGCCCGCUUCGAAAAGAUGUCCGAGGGCGCGAAGGUGCGCGUGCAUUUCGAUGAUAAUGAGUCGAAGGAGGAGGGGUUCUUGGUCUACGCACCCGAAACAAAGAUAAGCGCCCCCUUCGCCACUCAACUCUCCCUAAAGAUGACACAGGGUGGGGACAUUGAGGUAAACCAACCGUUCUUCGAAACGAGUAUGCCCGGCGUGUUUGCCGUGGGGGAUAUCGCUGGUCCUAUCAAGGCGGUUACGCCUGCGAUUUACUCGGGGACGAUGGUUGCGGGGGGGUUGGUUGGGCAGUUGCAGGCGGAGGAGGCGCCGGAGCUUGUAGGGGAGGCGAGCUUGUGA